AUGAGAAGUGCCUCACUUUUUUUGUUAAUUUGUUCUUUAAUAUCUGUAAUCUCAGCAGAAACUCACACAUGGUGGUUCCAAACUGGAUGGGUUAAUGCUAACCCAGAUGGUGUUUUUGAAAGACCAAUGAUUGGUUUCAAUGAUACAUGGCCAUUACCAACUUUAAGAGUUAAAAAAGGUGACAGAGUUCAAUUAUACUUGAACAACGGUUUUGAUGACAGAAACACUUCCUUGCAUUUCCACGGUAUGUUCCAAAAUGGUACCAAUCAAAUGGAUGGUCCAGAAAUGGUUACCCAAUGUCCUAUUCCACCUGGUGAAACUUUCUUGUACAACUUUACUGUCGGUGACCAAGUUGGUUCUUACUGGUACCACUCCCAUACUUCUGGUCAAUACGGUGAUGGUAUGAGAGGUGUUUUCAUUAUUGAAGAUGACGAUUUCCCAUACGACUACGAUGAAGAAGUUGUUUUGACUUUAGCUGAACACUACCAUGAUUUCUCCGAUGAGUUAACUCCUAAAUUCUUGAGUAGAUUCAACCCAACUGGUGCUGAACCAAUUCCAAGUAACAUGUUAUUCAACGAAACUAGAAACAACACCUGGAAGGUUGAACCAAACAAGACCUAUCUUGUCAGAAUUGUUAACAUUGGUAGAUUUGUUUCCCAAUAUAUUUGGAUGGAAGAUCACGAUUUCACCAUUGUUGAAGUUGAUGGUGUCUAUGUUGAACAAAACACCACUGAUUUGCUUUAUAUCACUGUUGCUCAAAGAUACUCUGUUUUGAUCACUACCAAGAAUGAAACUGACAAGAACUAUGCUUUCAUGAACAGAGUUGAUAUUGAUAUGUUGGAUGUUAUCCCAGGUGAUUUGGAAUUAAACGGUACCAACUACAUUGUUUAUAAUGAAGAUGCUGACUUGCCAGAACCAUAUUUGUUGGACUCUAUUGAUGACUUUUUUGAUGACUUCUGGUUGAAACCAUUGAGCAAAGAAAAAUUAUUGGACGAUGCUGAUUACACCAUCACUCUUGAAGUUCAAAUGGAUAACUUAGGAAACGGUGUCAACUAUGCUUUCUUCAACAACAUUACUUAUGCUCAUCCAAAGGUCCCAACUUUGAUGUCUGUUCUUUCUUCCGGCGAUGAUGCAUCCAACGAAUUAGUCUAUGGUACCAACACUAACUCCUUUGUUUUACAAGGUGGUGAAGUUAUUGAUAUUGUUAUGAACAACUUGGAUACCGGUAAGCAUCCAUUCCAUUUGCAUGGUCACGUUUUCCAAUUGAUUGAAAGACACGAAGGUGUUGACGAUGAUGAAGAUCCAGUUGCUUACAACUCCUCUGAUCACGCUGAAUGGCCAGAAUAUCCAAUGCUUAGAGAUACUAUCUACAUCAACCCUCAAUCUUAUGCUGUCUUGAGAUUCAAAGCUGAUAACCCAGGUGUUUGGUUCUUCCAUUGUCAUAUUGAAUGGCAUUUGGACCAAGGUUUGGCUAUCGUUUUGAUUGAAGAUCCUGAAGGAAUCCAAAAACAAGAAUCUCAACAAAUCACUGACAACCACAAGGAAAUUUGUGAAAAAGUUGGUGUUCCAUGGGAAGGUAAUGCUGCUGGUAACACUGAAAACUACUUGGACUUGAAAGGCGAAAACGUUCAACACAAGAGAUUGCCAACUGGUUUCACUGCUAAAGGUAUUGUGGCUUUGGUCUUCUCCUGUAUUGCUGGUGUCUUGGGUUUGGUUGCUAUUUCUUACUAUGGUAUGACUGAUAUCAAGAACGUUGAACAAAGAGUUGCCAGAGAUUUGGAUGUUGAUCUUGAUGAUGACGAUGUUGAGCAAUUGAGUGAAGAAGGUUCUUCUGGCUCAAACUCAAAACAACAUUAA